AUGGCGCACCCGAGAAUGCCGAGUUCCCCUAUAAACGUCCUCAAGCCAGAGGGAAGAGGUCAGGCUGGAUUCCCCGAACAACUGCCGUCGCAUUUCUCUAACUUGAUCGUCGGAGGGGUCGGGCCGAGCUCCCGGCCUGACCUGUGUGCAGGCUUUCAAAUCGAUAAGGAGUGCUGCAUGCAUGGUGGAAAGGAUGACAACGAUAGUGAUCUCGGAGAGAGCAGACCUGCUCGAUCUAACAUUCUUCAAAGGGCUUUACAAGGGCAUAAUGGUGAUGCAAGUGAAAGGACAACUACUGGCUUUCGAAGCAGCAUGGAGUGCGGCAUGCAUGGUGGAAGGGAGAACAACGAUAGUGAUCCCAGAGGGUGCAUACCUGCUUGGUCCAAGAAUCUUCAGAGGGCCUUGCAAAGGCAUAAUGGUGAUGCAAGAGGUGGAAGAUUCAAUGGACAAGUAGCUUCUGCAUGGCCUUAUAACCAAUGCAAAAAGAUACUCAAUUGCAAACCCCUACCGAAGACCUUGGUGUUUAGUUUCGUCAUGAACGCAACCAUCAGCAACAUCAAUUUUAUCGACAACAAGUUCUUCCACGUUCAUGUCUUUAAAUCUAGAAAUAUUACAUUUGAUUCCAUUAGGAUCAGUGCUCCUGGAGAUAGCCCCAACACUGAUGGCAUCCACAUCGCCGACUCGACCAAUAUCCAGGUUGCUAACUCGGUCAUCGGCACUGGUGAUGUUUGCAUCUCCAUCGGCUCGGGCUGCACCAAUUUGACCAUCUUUAAUGUGUUAUGCGGUCCUGGCCAUGGCAUCAACGUCGGUAGUCUCGGCAAAAAUGCUGGUGAGAAAGAUGUCAUCAGGCUGAAAGUGAUGCAAUGCAAUCUUACCGGUACAACAAAUGGAUUGAGGAUCAAGACAUGGCAAUCUUCUUCAUCUAGUUUGAAGGCCACUGAUUUCCUCUUUGAACACAUCAUCAUGAACAAUGUCUAUAACCCUAUCAUCAUAGAUCAGAACUAUUGCCCAAAUGCUAAUUGUCCCGGAAAGGAUCCUUCUUUGGUUAAGAUCACGAAUAUCAAGUAUAGAAAUAUCACGGGGACAUUUGCCUCACCAGUAGCUUAUAAACUAGUUUGCAGUGUGGCUGCACCAUGCUUUCAAAUCGAUAAGGAGUGCUGCAUGCACGGUGGAAAGGAUGACAACGAUAGUGAUCUCGGAGGGAGCAGACCUGCUCGAUUUAACAUUCUUCAAAGGGUUUUACAUGGGCAUAAUGGUGAUGCAAAUGAAAGGACAACUACUGGCAACCACCCAUCUCGUGUAUAA